AUGCGCCGGUGGCGAAAAUCUUUCGCCAGUUGUUUCUCUCGAGCAGCUAGCAGCGUCUGCGAUGAAACGAGUCGUCCAACAAAAAUGGCGGUACUCUUCUUACAGGUUUUCUUUCUUUUUCUUUUUCCAAAAUUCCUUAACUGUUGUGUUCUUAUAUUAUUUCCAGAAUUUUGGUCUUUUCUUUUCAUUUCCUUUCUUUCAUUAUUGAUUUAUUUAUCUAUUUCUUUCUUUCUUUAUAUCUUUCUUCAUUUCUUUCUUUCUCUCUUUCUUUUUUUUAAUCUGUCUUUUUUUCCUUCUGUUUUUCCAAAAUUUCUUAACUUACAUUUUUUGUUUGUUUGGUUCUUUAUUUAUUUAUUUAUUUCUCUUUCUGUCUUUCUUUCUUUUUCUUUCUUUCUUCCUUUCCAAAAUUCCUUAAAUGUUUUUCUAUUCUUUCCAGAAUUUUCUUUUUCUUUUCAUUUUUCUUUCUUUACAGACUUAUUUAUUUAUCCCUUUCUUUUCUUUCUUUAUUUUCUUUUCCUUUCUUUCCUUCCAAAACUCAUUAACUGUUUUGUUAAUUUUGUUCUUUUAAUUUUAACAGUCUUUCUUCGUUCUUUCUUUCUAUGCAGUACUUCAUUUUAUUAUUUGUUUAUUAUUCCUCUAUAUUGUUUCUGUGUAUAUUUGUUGUUUUUUGAUAUCUUGCCGUUUAUAUUUCAUCUUUUUCUUAGACUUAUUCAUUAUUCUUUGCUUCCAAAUUAUUUCAUUACUUCUUUAUUAUGCCACUACAUUCCUUCCUCAAUUUAUUUUUUCCUUUCAUAUUUUCCUCUUUGGAUCCAUUCAGAACUUAUUUAUUCUUCCAUGCUACCUGCCUAA